AUUGGUUCCAUUACCAAUUACCAUUCUUACGUAAAAUAAACACACAUGUGAAAAGAUAAGCAAUUAUCUUCACACGUACGCGUUCAACCUAUAUACGAUAUUGUUUUAUUUAGAAAAACGUUAAAUGGGUAAUAAACGAUCACCAAACAUAACAAUACUUCCAUGCUUGUGUAAGAUGGGAUUAGUUAUGUGUCAAUGCCUAAUGCUUGAAAUCAGAAUAUCAUGACUGGCACUUUGUAGUUUUUAAUAAAUGGGCAAAUUGCGCUAGAGGAAAAUUCAAUAAUUUGUUUGUGUAAUACAUGCAACAUACCAUGCACGCUAAGUACGUAAUUUUAGUCAUCACUUUCAAAAUUUUGAUUCCGGCGUCGAUGCAAUGUCAUCUGAACAGGGAAACAGUAUCAACUAAACACUGCAUACCUGGGCGUCGAUUUUACGCCCGACUUGAUCAUUUGCUAGCAUUAAGCGAAUUAUUUUCAAAACAGUCUUUUAGCCAAGCUUAUGCAUUUCCAUGGAUAGUGCAAAUUACUGCUGCGUACAUGGGGGCUUCCACUUUAUGUACAGGGACACUUAUCAACGACCGAUACGUAAUAACAUCCAAAAAAUGCUGCAAACCGCCUUUACGACCGGAACACCUUACAAUAGCUUUAGGUUAUACAGAAUAUGAAUCAAACGUAAUAAAGGUAUCACCUUGCUAUAUACGUUCUCCUGUCACGAACAUAAUUUUGCAUCCAGAUUAUGACAGUAGCAAUGUAACCCAAGAGAAUGACAUCGCACUACUCAAAAUAGAACCAGUGAUUUAUACUAAAACAAUUUAUCCAAUAAAAUUACCAGACGUUACCGAUAAGUACAAGCCAUUGUCAAAAUAUGCUAUGGAAAUGGUUGGUUACGUGAGGAAGAACGCUACGCCAAACAAAAGUUUUACUACAAUAACUUUAAAGCCAUCUAGAAGCAAUAAAUGCAUCAGCGAUGUCCAUAAUAAGAAUGCGACUUCAAACAUCAUAUGUGCGGAUAUAACAGAGGCAUCUUUCAUGACAUCAUGUUCAAUCACAUCUGGAAUGCCAAUACUGAUUGAAAAACCAAUAGCUGCUUUGAAUCUCAGUGUUUUGGCAGGUGUUCUUUCGAGUCCUGUGGAAGUUACUAAUCAGUGUCGACUACAUGGACGUGAAGUGAUAGCUGUUAAAAUUGUAGAGAAACUGUCGUGGAUAUUGGAGAACACAAGAGAUGCAAACUAUUGCAAAGGAUAGGGUGUUUGUAUAUGAUUAAUUAGCAGAGCUUAUAGAUUAUACGUAGCUAAAUGCAGAUUGACUAUAAAUAAUAAAUAGAUUAUGAUUUA